UCUCCUGGUUGGACAUGCCAAGCUGGGACAGGCUCUAAGCCUGCUGAGGGGAGGAACACGUUUUUACUACUGCUAUUGUUUGCCCAAAGCUUGGGAAGUGCAUUUGCUGGCUGGAACUAGGCUGCAAGGAAAGCUCAGCCUAGUUAUUCUCAUGUAAAGAGAUUUUCUGUCAGCGAUUCCAGCGGCAUUUAAGAUGAGCGAAGGGGAGAGAACAAAGCCCAUUAUCACAGGCAGAGAGAAAGGACCUGGGCCAGGUCGCUACACCCUGCCAUCAACUAUUGGCUUUAUUGGCCAUGACUUCACCAAGGCAACUAGUCCUGCAUAUUCCUUCCAUGGAAGAAUGAGUAAUACAAUGUAUUGUGUAGAUUCCAGUCCAGGGCCUCGGUAUCACAUUGAUUCAAAGGUCACUCGGUUUGGUAAAAAUGGCAGCCCUGCCUACUCCAUACUUGGAAGAACAAGUGGUCCAAAGCUUAUAUUCCAAACUCCAGGACCAGGUGCAUACACCCCUGAAAUAGCCUCUUUGUGCAGCACCUACCGGAGACCUCCAUCUCACAGCAUGGGCUACCGCACACCAUAUCGUCCACUGGAUACUGUGCCUGCUCCAAACAAAUACACUCUUCCAGCUCUUAUGGGAUCCAACAUGCGUACCAAACCUGCAAGUGCUAGCUACACAAUCUCUGGAAGAACCAAGUCUGGAAGUUAUGCAGAAGACUUGUCAAAUACACCAGGCCCUGGUAGAUACAACAGCACUAAUCCCAAUAUCUACCUCUCCCGACAACCAGCAUUCUCAAUGCUGGGAAGACAUGCCAGCAUGCCCAGUGAAACCACACUGAUGCCUGGGCCUGGAAGUCAUAACCCAGAACGUGUGACGUUGCAUAAGCCUCAAGCACCUGCAUUCACGUUAGGCAGCCGGCACUCUGAAUUCGUUACUCCUCUAGUGGUAGAUGCAUUAGAGUGA